CGCUGAGCGAGUCCCGCCUCCCUCAGUCCCUCAGUCUGGUGUUUGCCAGUGGAGCGAAGGGUUGAAGCUUUCGUUCUCUUGUGUGUUACCGGUGUAUGGUGCUGUAAUCACCACCGCUGCCGUCACCACCCGUCACCACCGCGACCACCACCGCCACCAUGGGCACCCCUCCUAUGGUGUCGCCUAUACGCAUGCUGCCCCUACUGCUCGUCGCUCUCGCCAUACGCUCAGCCGUAUGCAAUGAGAGCGGCCCCGUCAUCGUAGAGGAACCCGACAACCGCGUGGACUUCAGUAACUCGACCGGCGCCAACAUCCAUUGCUCUGUUCGUGGCCAUCCCAAGCCUUCCGUCGUGUGGGUGCGUGCUGAGGACGGUACUGCUAUCGGUGAUGUUCCUGGACUCCGCAGGGUUCUUGCUAAUGGCACUCUGAUGUUCCCACCUUUCCGUGCCAAGGAUUACCGUCAGGAAGUCCACGCCCAGGUGUACCGCUGCCAGGCCUCCAACCCUCAUGGCUCUGUUCACUCCCGUGAUGUCCACGUUCGCGCAGUGGUUCCGCAGACUUACCAGGUGGAGGCGGACAAUGAGCACGUGAUCCGCGGCAACUCGGCCAUCAUUAAGUGCGAGAUUCCCUCCUUCGUGGCGGACUUCGUGGGCGUGCAGGCGUGGGUGGACUCCGAGGGCCAGACUUACUAUCCCAACUCCCACAAUCCUAACUACGAUGGCAAAUACCUGGUGCUUCCCUCUGGCGAGCUGCACAUCCGCUCCGUUAGCUCCGAGGACGGCUUCAAGAGCUACAAAUGCCGCACCGUUCACCGCCUCACCCAGGAGACCCGCCUCUCUGCCACUGCUGGACGUCUUGUUAUCUCCGACCCUGCUGGCUUGUCCGCUCCUCGAAUCACCCUCAGCGAGAAGCUUCUUGGUCUUGCCUCUCAGACAGCUGUGAGUGAAGCCGCUGCCCUCACCUGCGCCGCCCAGGCCCACCCUGUCCCCGCUCACAGAUGGUUUAAGUUUAAUGAGAAUGGACGUAAGGCAUCUGUGGAACUUGGUGAGAGGAUCAAGCAGGUUGGUGGAACCCUUAUCAUCCGUGAGGCCAAGGUUGAGGACUCUGGCAAAUACCUGUGUGUGGUGAACAACUCUGUAGGAGGUGAAAGUGUGGAGACUGUGCUGACAGUAACUGCCCCCCUGAGUGCUCAAGUGGAACCUAAGGUGCAAACUGUGGAAUUUGGAAGACCAGCUACCUUUACCUGUACUUACCGUGGCAACCCUGUGAAGUCUGUUUCAUGGCUCAAGGAUGGUACACCCAUUGAACACAAGGAGGCUGUUCUUCACAUCAACUCUGUGGGCCGUGAGGACAAGGGAAUGUACCAGUGCUUCGUGAGAAAUGACCAGGAGUCUGCCCAGGCCACUGCUGAACUCAAGCUUGGAGGUCGAUUUGAGCCACCCCAGUUAACCUACACCUUCGAGACUUCCACCCUGCAGCCUGGAUCCUCUGUUUACCUCAAUUGUGUGGCUGCUGGCAACCCAACCCCUGAGAUCACCUGGGAACUGGAUGGCACUCGGCUUUCCAACUCUGAGAGGAUGCAAGUUGGCCAGUAUGUGACUGUUAAUGGAGAAGUUGUGUCCCACCUCAACAUCUCUGGCGUGCUUACCAAUGAUGGUGGCCAGUAUGCCUGUGUGGCUUCCUCCACAGUGGGUUCAGUCAAGCAUGCUGCCAGGCUUAAUGUUUAUGGACUCCCUAACAUCAGACCCAUGGACAAGGUUGCAGUUGUUGCUGGAGAGAACAUGAUCGUCCACUGCCCUGUUGCCGGCUACCCUAUUGAUUCUAUUGUCUGGGAAAAGAAUGGUCGUAUGCUUCCAAUCAACCGUCGUCAGCACCCACAUGACAAUGGCACGCUGCUUAUUGAGGCCGUGGAACGCAGCUCAGACCAGGGCCGAUACACCUGUGUGGCACGCAACAGUCAGGGCUACACUGCUCGAGGAGAUCUUGAUGUUCAAGUUAUGGAGCGUCCACAUUUGAUACAGCUUGACUUUGGUGAAUCAGACUUUAAUGAGGGCGAUUUUGUGCAAGUGAGCUGUAUACUACAGAAGGGCGACCAUCCAGUUAAUUUUACAUGGGUCUUCAAUGGCAUAGUCCUUCAGUCUGGUGAUGGCAUACAUAUGGAUUUCAUUGGAAAGUCUAGCAUACUGACCAUUGAUCCGGUGCGAGGUGUGCACCAAGGAAAUUACACCUGCAUCGCCUCCAACCCAGCUGGGGAGGAGCAAAUCUCUGCCACACUGGUUGUCAAUGUGCCACCGGAAAUUGUGCCUUUUAAAUUCCCUGAGAAUGCGGGACGUGAUGGUGCUUUUGCUCAAGUAGUCUGCGUGGUGGCUGCGGGAGAUGCUCCCUUGAACAUCUCAUGGCACUACAAUGGUGUCAGUGACCUUCCUAUGGGCACAAAUACACAGCUCAUUGGCGACAGAACCUCUAUAUUGACUAUUCCCAGUGUUUCGUGGCUUCAUAGUGGCGACUAUGAUUGUCUUGCACAAAAUGGUGCUGGAAAAGUCUCCUUUGCAGCAGAAUUAUCAGUCCAGGUACCACCUCGCUGGAUUGUUGAGCCCACUGAUAAGGCUUUUGAUCUGGGAAGUGAUGCACGCCUUGAAUGCAAAGCUGACAGCUUCCCCCGACCAUCUCUUGGAUGGAAGAAGGCUGCAGGAACCACACCUGGAGAUUAUCGAGAUCUUGUUGUGAGCAACCCCAAUGUGAAGGUGACUGAUGAUGGCACACUUCAAAUCAUCAACAUCCAGAAGUCCCAUGAAGGCUACUAUCUGUGUGAGGCUAACAAUGGCAUUGGUGCUGGCCUGUCUACUGUCAUCUAUGUGCGCGUCCAAGCUCCACCUCAGUUCAAGAUUCAGUACCGUAACCAGACUGCCAGCCGAGGAGAAGAUGCUGUGCUGGAGUGUGAGGCUGAGGGAGAGACACCCAUUGGCAUUCUGUGGAGCAAGAGCAAGCACAGCAUUGACCAAGCUAAGGAACCAAGGUACACCAUCCGUGAGGAGAUGCGUGGUGGCAGUGUUCACAGUAGCCUGCACAUCAAGACAACUGAUCGGUCAGACUCUGCUGUGUAUACCUGUGUCGCAACUAAUGCUUUUGGAAGUGCUGACACUAACAUCAACCUUAUCAUUCAAGAACGCCCAGAACAGCCAAGCAGUCUGAAGGUUCUUGACAAGAGUGGCCGCUCUGUUGAGCUCUCAUGGACCCGUCCCUAUGAUGGAAACUCCCCCAUCACCCGAUACAUUGUGGAAUACAAACUCAGCCGACGUAACUGGGAGACUGAUGGUGAGCGCAUGAUGGUUCCUGGUGAGCAGAGCAUGGCUGCUGUACUCGACCUCCGACCUGCAACAACUUAUCACCUCCGCAUUGUUGCCAGGAACGAGAUUGGGGACUCUGAGCCCUCUGACACUGUCACUAUUAUCACUGCUGAAGAAGCUCCUAGUGGCCCCCCUCGUGAUCUCAAGGUAACCGCUGUGGAUCAGACUUCCCUGCGUGUGACCUGGAAGCCUCCCCUCAGAGAGGAGUGGAACGGUGAUAUUCAGGGCUACCAAGUUGGCUACCGUCUGGCAUCUUCAAACAAUUCCUACGUGUUUGAGACUGUUGAGUUCAGUAAGGAGAUGGGCAAGGAGCAUCACUUGGUUAUUUCCAAGCUCAAUGUGUACACCGAGUAUGCUGUUGUUGUUUCUGCUUUCAAUAAAAUUGGACAAGGACCCAAAACUGAGGAAUUUCUGGCUUACACUGCGGAAGGAACUCCCCAGCAGCCCCCACAAGAUGUCACCUGUACCACCCUCACUUCUCAGACUAUCCGUGUGUCCUGGUCCUCUCCUCCACUGGAAACUGUUCAGGGAGUCAUCAAGGGAUACAAGGUGUUCUAUGGACCCUCAGAUGUGUGGUAUGAUGAGGAGAGCAAGGAUAUCAAGAUCACUCCUUCCACUGAGACCCAUCUUCAUGGCCUUCAGAAGUACACCAACUACAGCCUUCAGGUUCUGGCUCACACUUCUGGUGGUGAGGGAGUUCGCUCACAGCCAAUUCACUGCCAGACUGAUCAGGAUAUUCCUGAGGCACCCACAUCCGUCAAGGCCUUAGUUAUGUCCGCCGACUCUAUCCUUGUGUCAUGGCUUCCUCCUGAGCGACCCAAUGGAAUCAUCACACAGUACACUGUUUACUACAAGGAGCAUGGCAAGAGUGACAGCGAGGCUACCCUGCAGAAACUGCUUCCAUCUCAGCUCAGCUAUGAGGCCAGUGGACUUAAACGCCGUGAUGCUUAUGUGUUCUGGGUGACUGCUUCCACCACUGUUGGAGAAGGAGAGAUGUCUGAUCUUGUACACCUUAAGCUGUCCAACAAAGUACCUGCUAAGAUUGCAUCAUUUGAUGAAGAGUAUUUGGCCACCUACAAGGAAGAUGUGAAACUGCUGUGCCAAGUUGUUGGACUUCCCACUCCUGAUAUCAGGUGGACAGUUCAUGGAGAGCCCUUCACUCCCAACGACCGCAUGCGCCUCCUCCCUGAGGGCUCCCUCCUCAUCCGUCAAGUGUCUCGUGAUGAUGCUGGUGAAUACACCUGCCAUGUGGAGAACCCCUACGGCCAGGACACAAUCACACACAAGCUGCUCAUCCAGGCUCCUCCCCAUCCUCCGGAAAUUACUCUCCAGUCAACAACCACAAACAGCAUUGAAGUGAAGCUCAAGCCCUCUGUGAUUGAUGACACCACCCCUAUCCAUGGCUACACCAUCUAUUACAAACCAGAGUUCAGCAAUGAGGAGAGUGUUCAGGUACCAGCUUCCACACGUACCUACACACUGGAGUCUUUGUGGUGUGGAUCUCAGUAUCAGAUUUAUGCUUCUGCCUACAACAAGAUUGGAACAGGUGAAUCCUCAGAAGUCCUGAACACCCGCACAAAAGGCAAGAAGCCAGAGGUUCCUGAAGUGCACCGCUUUGUGGAAGUUUCUUCAUCAUCUAUUACUCUGCACCUGAAUGCUUGGCAGGAUGGUGGCUGCCCCAUGAAUUAUUUUGUAGUUGAAUACAAACCUAGGCACCAAACUGAAUGGAUAAUGGCCAGCAAUCAAGUAAAGCCAACUGGAAACUAUGCUAUUAUGGAGCUGACCCCAGCCACCUGGUACAACCUACGCAUCUCUGCCCACAACAAUGCUGGCUCUUCUGUAGCUGAAUAUGAAUGUGCAACUCUUACUGUGACUGGAGCCACGCUGCCACCAUCUGUCCCGGACAGUCACGUUUCCUGGCUGCCUGAUUGGUGGCCCAAGUGGCUGGAUCUCAAUGUCCUGGUGCCUGUUAUUGCCACCAUCGUCGUCAUCAUUGUGGGCAUUGUUGUCGUCUGUGUGGCCGUGACCCGGCGCAAGAAUGGCAUUGAAAACUUGAGACUGCGAGAGGAAGUGUACCAGCAGUACCAGUACAAUGCUAGCAUGCCUCCUCCAUCCACCAUGGACAAGCGUCACCCAGGCUUCAGAGAGGAACUUGGCUACAUUCCUCCACCCAACCGCAAGUUGCCUCCUGUUCCCAACUCACAGUACAACACCUGUGACCGCAUCAAGCGAGGUGGGGGGUCGGGUCGCAGGGAACAUGCCACCUGGGACCCAAGACGACCUAUGUACGAGGAACUCUCCCUCCAUCCUCCCCCUGGGCGACGUAUUCCUCCUGGAGGACCUCUACCACCACAUAACUCCCAGGACACCCUAAGAUCAGGUGGUGAUGAUGAGAUCUGUCCCUAUGCAACCUUCCAUCUUUUGGGUUUCCGUGAGGAAAUGGAUCCACAACAGGCUGGUAACAACUUCCAGACCUUCCCCUACCAGAAUGGCCACGGCUCCCAGCAGAACUUUGUGAAUUCCCCUGCAUCCCGAAGCAUGCCACGUCAUGGGUCUGGCAACUACUACAGCUGCGUUUCUGGCGACUAUAACUGUGGCCAUGCCCCGAACGAAGGCCACCAGCCUCGUCAUGGUUCUGGCAACUAUUACUCCUGUGUGGCUGGAGAGUAUGGCUCAGGUGGUCCUCCUAGCAGCACUUACUAUUCAACUGUUCCUGGAGACAUGACAACCUCACGCAUGAGCAACAACUCUGCCUUUUCUCCAACCUACGAUGAUCCUGCUCGUUCUGAUGAGGAAAGUGACCAGUAUGGAGGAUCAACCUACUCAGGUGGUGGACCAUAUGCUCGUGCUAUUGACUCGGUGUCUCAGAGUGGCACUGCUAAACGCCUAAUGAACCGAGGCAGUACUUCUGGGAGUGCAGGCCAGGGAUCCCCUGAGCCUCCUCCUCCUCCCCCACCACGUAAUGGUGAUCUCCCCCUCGACUCCUCUGGCCUUGGGUCAUCUCUGAACGACUCUAAUAACUCCACAGCCUCUAAUCAAUUCUCUGAGGCUGAGUGUGAUCAUGAUCUUGUUCAGCGCAAUUAUGGAGAGAAACAUAAUGUUCAAGCCAAUCCAGUGAAGGCUACCAAGAGUACAGAGGAGAUGCGCAAGCUCCUGGACAAGAAACUAAUCAAGACCUAAAUGAAGCAGCAGCCCACAUUCAAAAUGGAGGCCUAAGAAUGGUGAGCAAUGAGAUGAAUGUGUGAGGUCCUCUGUAUGCUGUUGAAGGAUCUCACUCACCCUGUGCCAUAUGAGGCAGCCUAUUUACCGCCCUUGUCAUGUACCCAUCAAUGAUAUUGAAUACCUACAUUGAACUCAGAUACUCAACACAUAUUUACAAUUAGAAAAAAUGUAAGAAGAGUUAAGAGAAGAACCUGGACACCCUGUAUGUAACACUGCUCAAAGGAGAGCACAAGAUAUCCUGUUGGUUGAUCUUCAAGUUAAUUCUAUACCAGUGUUAUAGAAAAUUAUGUAUUCAAGAGGAUCAACUCAAGGAGUCAUGGAUAUAUUCAUUAAACUGCAAAGAUGCUCUCUACUUGGCCAAGAAAUGUGUGUCAUAGAAAAGGCAUGCCAUGACAGGACAAGAUUACUGCACAAGAUUAUGACAUAAGAAAUAUUAGAUUGAAAAGCCACAUCUCAGCAAGAUAUACUACAUGUUCAUAGGGGUGAUCCAAGUCUUCUUCAAUGUAGUGUCACAACCCCUCCUCCCCCCAGCCCCCGCUCAUGAGGUUAAUCUACCGUGGACUCCAAUGUUGUGCUCCCUCAGUACUAAUGCAAGCCAUCACUGAUUGACGUUUAUGCUUUGAGUGUUUCUUGCAGUGUUGUGUAUCACAUAACAGUAGCAGUAUUCUUUUUCUGCCCUGUGCUCUGAUUACAAUCUGGAUAUGAAAGCAGUGCUUGUGUUGUAGUGCUUUUGCACAGAUAUAUUAAGGGCUCACCGUCAAUAAUGCAUUUCUUAUGCAGUAAGUCCCUACCUACCCCUAGCAGUUAAUGGAUCGUCUUCAUCGGCUAAUGGACCAUGUGUGCUAAGCGAUAGUAUGAGAUGAACUAAGUAUUGCUGUGUGAAUCAUCCAUGACGGUGCUACUUGGAAAAUGACUCUCGACUUGUUUGGUGUUCCGUGUACUUUGUGAUACGAACCAAGUCUAGUCAAGAGCGGGGGACAAAACUGUGACUGUCAGAACCUUCGUGACACAGAUGUAACCAGUACGCUCAGUUUCACUAUUUUUUACAAAUGUACCAGCAUCAACCCAAAUGGGAAAUGAGACAGAGAGACUAGCAGGAGAGGGAAAGCUACACAAGAGGUAAUGUUAGAGAAAUUGCAUUAAAGAUGAUAGUGUAUUACCAAUAUUUCCAGUUUAUAGAUGUCUGACCCAUAUUUUAUCAAUAUUUAAAAUGUAUGUAGAUUCUGCUGUUGCUUGCCUCAAAAUAAACUGAAUGUGAUUUGGGGAGAUGAUAGACGAACCUCGUUAAGCACCAGGUUUUGUUUUAUCAACCCAGUGCCAUCUCUCUGUCUGCUCAUUCUCCCAUAGCGUUCCUAGGUGUCGCUUAAUCUCCUCAGCUUGCAAGACAAUAUGUGACUUCACCAGCAAUUUUAGAUUUUGCUUAGUGCUUUCAUAUGGCAGACUGUAUAAUUGCUAAAAUAAAAUUACUAGAGUGGAUGAAAUUGCUGGGAACUUCACUAUAUUCAUAUAUAAAUAUACAUAUAUAUUGUAUGGCAUCUUGAUAGGUUAUUCAUAAUUUGUAUAUUGAAUUCAUCAAUAUUAGAAGCAGAUGGCAUAUCCUCAUUGCCAAGUUUCUGUUUCUAAUUCAAGUUAUUUCCAUUGUCAACAUUUUUAAUGAAUUUAAGACAAACUGUUGAUGUGUAAGUGUGUGUGCAUUGCUUCUUAAUAGUGUAGAAUUGAAUGAAAGUGAUUAUGAUAAAUAAUAGAUAUUACUUGCAGAACAGUUGUACUUCUAUAAUUCAUAUUGGCAAACUUCUCAUGAAAGUGUCCAAGAAUAGCUGUAACUUAUAAGUCUGUUGAGCAGUGUUUUGGAGAUGAGACAUUUUCAGUCAUUUGUAAGUUUAAGUUCAUUUCCAAGACUUGCAUCUCCUCCACAGCCAUUAUUUUUUACAGGGAUAAAGUUACAAGGGCCGUUGGCUUGAUUUUUUUUCUUUCUUUUUCUAAGUUAAAUCUUUUAUAAAAUCUCAGUCAUCCAAAACAUGCUAACAUCUUCCAUAAGCUCAAGUGUAAUAAAUGUAGUCUCUUUUAAAUGUUGCCAGUGUAAGCUUUUCCUGCCCAUAGUUGAUUAAUUAAUGGAUAAUUCAUUUGCAUUAGCCACGGAGUUAUUGAGGAGAAUUAUUGCCAGACUUGUAGCAUGGUCGUGCUUUCUAUCUAUGCAUAUGUAUAAUUUUAUCCACUUCGAUCAGAAAAGUUAAAUCCCCAAAUUUAUAAAAUGCUCAAAUUUUUGAGUAGAUAAAUGAAUGCUUUUUCUACUGCUUUUAGAUAGGAUAAAUUAAUGUUGAAAUCUCAGUAUUAGGCAAUAUAGACAUACAUGCAAGACACUCAAAGCACAUUUUCUUGGAUUUUAAUUCUACAGUAACAUUUUUUGUAUGUAUGUUAUUCAUUGUCUGUUAUUGAUUUGUUUAUACCAUUUCUAAACAUUAUAGAAUAUGUGUGAUUAAGCUUUACAAUAGACUGAUUGUCAUUAUAUUUACCAGGGAGAGCAGGUGCUAAUGGGAGGGGGACACUGAUCUGCCAAAGCUUCAGGCUGUGAGUUCCAUCUCUUCAGCCCAGCAGGGUAUGGAAUAUUUAUAAAUUCCUUGUUAUUCUUUUAUUGCAGUGUGUUCAGGUGAUAAAAAGAUCUUUGAUAGACUAUAUAUAUAUAUAUAUAUAUAUAUAUAUAUAUAUAUAUAUAUAUAUAUAUAUAUAUAUAUAUAUAUAUAUAUAUAUGAUACAUUAUUACUGCAAGAAAAUACUGUAUGAAGGAUAACAAGAAAAGAAAAAAUAGAACAAGAGCCACAGAGACACUGUAAUUGUAAAACUUCUUAUGUUGUAAUGUUUCCAAAUCUGGCAGUUUUUAGGGGGAUAAACAUGUCUAGAUGAAGAAAUGAACAGAAGAAGGCUUCAUUUGCAGGACAGCUUUACUGAUCUAAGGAACUUCACUUUUUCAGUAAAGAUUAGUCUCUCUCUAGAACAACAUAAUCUUCCACAGAUGGUAAAAAGCUAGAGAAGUGGCUAUGAUGUCCCUCUGCCCAGUAGUUUUUCCUUUCCCUGUAGAUUAGACUUAUACAGCCAUGGUUUUCUUCAGUAAUGUCAAUGUAACCACACAUUUAUGGUUAUUGAUACUUAAACACUGAGAUUGUUAGAUGUUUGGUUAUCUUGUAGCAGGUAGGAAAACUUAAAGUAUUACCACUGCAUGAACUGUAACACAUUGACAUUAUAUAACCAAGUUUUCUAUGGUAAACAUAAUGCCCACCUGCUUCAUACAAUGGAGUGCUCUUAGUAGUCAAGCAGAGCAAUGUGUGAAUCCUCCCUUAUCAAAGUUGAAAAGAAAUGAAAUCCAAGAAUGGUAGUGCAACAGAAAGUGGUUGUCUACAGAUAUUGCUUAGUCAAGUUCCUUUAUCCUGUGUUUUAUAUAGGAAUUAUUGGGCUUAACUUGGCAGCAUUAGACACUCAGUCCAUGAUUACAAUGGUUGUUUACCAUAGAGAAUCCACUAAAAACAUUCUCCAUGUAUUUUGACAGCUGUAUUGUUUGAUUAUAAGAAAUUGCAAGUGACCAAGAUUGAAAAUAGUAUGCAAAUCAUUGCUUGAAGUCACUGCAUUAUAUUGCACACCCUUUCAUGUGAUAAUGUGCAUUUAUACAUAUUUAUCAAUAUGCUGAAGUGAAAUAGUGUGGCCAUGAUAACAAGCAAUGGAACACUUAGUUUUCAUAUCUUGUGUAACUGAAGAUUUCAAGAUUCUGUUUCUUGUAUAGUUUUGUGGAUUUGUGUUUGCCUGUGUUACCAUGGGCUUUAAAUAUAAUCUGCCUGAGGGAAGGAAGCUGAUAUGAGAGAUUCAUUAAAUGAAGUUGACAUUUACAAACAUGACAAUAUUACCCUAGAAUGUACUUCAUAUUGCUACCAAGUGACAUGGAACAUAUAUUUAUAUUUUCAGAGUUGAUUCAAUGCACCAAGAAGUGUAGAAUAUUUACAGUUACACUAUGUUGUUAUAAACUUGCCAAAACAAUGCAUUUAAUUACAGGAUUAAUGAAAUCUGACCGAGUUGCAAGACAAUGAAAAAUUGCACUGCAGUAAUAUUUAGUCGCAUCAAUGAAUGGGUGCCCUGAGGAUGUUUUUAGUUGUGAUUAGUCAAGCAAUUUGUAUGGAUGAUGAUGUAAAAUGUCACUAAUGGCCAGAGUGUAGGUAAUAGAUAGUAACUUAAUGAGAUUAUUUAAUAACAUAGUCAUUUUGAAGAAAGUGUUUGCAAGACUUAGUAAUAAGGAGCUUCCCGAGGGCAGAUUGCAAGUGCUCUUGGAUAGUUCUGGUGACUGACUGUAGCAUAACAAUAUUACUUAAAAUUUUAAUGUUAUUAUGACCAUGUAUUUAAGUACUAAAUUACUGUUGAAGCUGAAAUUCAGAUACCAAGAACCUCUAAGUGCACUUGUAAUUUGUGUUGUGACAAGGGAAUUUGCGCCUUAUUUGGCAUACCCAACUAAGGCUCAAUAUCGCUCGUCACUACACAUUUUCUACCAAAUAUAGUGUAAACAAUUAUGUAUGAUGAAAUAAACCAUGAGAAGUA